AACUUUAGCUUCGCUGACGUCAUUUCCGCAGAGGAAGUAAAAAUACGGAAGUGUAUUGCGAUAUCGCGACGUUCGAGAACCAGUGGGUAAAAUGGAAAAAGGCCUAGAAAAACACAUGGAUGAAACGUUUAAGCUGCCUGGUGUGGCUGCAGUGCUGUGCACAGAUGGACACGGGCUUUGUCUGGGCGCUAAGGGCAGUGCACCCAAGCAUUCAUCAGGGCCCAUUGCUACACUGGCGGCCAUGGCGGGUGACCUAGGUCCUUCCGGCGCAGCCAGUCCCGUGGUGUGCAUCGAGUCUGAAGCAGGGAGUGUCCUCAUCAAGAGCUGUGACAAUCUGACAGUUGCGGUAUUCAAGGCCACGUGAUGUCAUGCCGGCACUCUGAACUCAAUCAUGUUUAUUCAACAAAUCAUUUUGUAAUGUCGGCAAUGUCAGCUGUCUGUGUAUAUAGUGCCAGUGAGCCCACAUGGUCUCCUGAAAUAAACGAAUGACCCUCCA